AUGAACACCAUCGUCUUCAACAAGCUCAGCGGCGCAGUGCUUUUUGAGGACCGAGGCGCUACGGAACGGGAGAGAAGCGGCCGGCCCUACAACAGCGUCCUGGACAGCCCCCACGCCCGCCCCGAAAUGGGCAUUGCGGGCGGCCCACCCCUCAAGGACAACCUCGGCCUGAGACACCGCAGGACCGGAGCCCGGCAGAAUGGCGGAAAAGUGAGGCACAAGCGGCAGGCCCUGCAAGACAUGGCACGGCCUCUAAAGCAGUGGCUUUACAAGCACCGUGACAACCCGUAUCCCACUAAGACGGAGAAGAUACUCUUGGCCCUUGGCUCGCAGAUGACGCUAGUACAGGUGUCAAAUUGGUUUGCUAAUGCAAGACGUCGGCUUAAGAACACUGUUCGGCAGCCUGAUUUAAGCUGGGCUUUGAGAAUAAAGCUGUACAACAAAUACGUGCAAGGGAACGCUGAGCGGCUCAGCGUGAGCAGUGAUGAUUCCUGUUCUGAAGAUGGAGAAAACCCUCCGAGACCACACAUGACUGAAGGGGGCUAUGCUACUCCAGCUCACCAUCCUGUGAUUAAAAGUGAGAGCCCAGCGAUCAAAGCCAGUGUAAGGCCUGAGUCUCGGGCCAGUGAGGACUACGUAUCACCCCCCAAAUACAAGAGCAGCUUGUUGAACCGUUACCUGAAUGACUCUUUAAGACACGUCAUGGCCACAAGCACAGCCAUGAUGGGGAAAACGAGGCAAAGAAACCAUUCGGGCUCUUUUAGCUCCAAUGAAUUUGAGGAAGAAUUGGUGUCUCCAUCAUCAUCAGAAACUGAGGGCAACUUUGUCUAUCGUACAGAUGCUCUGGAGAACGGAUCCAGUAAAGGUGACAGUGCAGCUCACAGAAAGGGACCCAGCAAAGAUGACACGUACUGGAAGGAGAUCAACGCGGCCAUGGCCUUAACAAACCUCGCACAGGGCAAGGACAAGCUGCAGGGAACGACCAGCUGCAUCAUCCAGAAGUCGUCUCACAUCGCGGAAGUAAAGACAGUGAAAGUGCCACUGGCGAGGCCGUUUUAGAUGACGCACAGAGGAUGCUUUACCGUCAGUGUUCCGCCGCAUUCCUCGGAGAGGGCAGCUGGCUCCCGCUGAAGCCUCCUCUUAUUUUUAAUUACCCUAAAUAUAACAUUUAGUCGCUUCUACAAAAGACAUAUAAAUUAUAAAAAAACCUCAUUUUAAUCAAAAAUAUUAACUUAUUUUAUGUUACUCAAACUAUGCAUAAAACGUCUGCAUUCCCAUUACAGUAAGUGCCUUGCUUCCUGAAAACCAGCUCCAACGUGGGCCUAGCGGGACGGCUACGCCUCAAAAUGCCAGUGCUUAUGCUUAUUAGUCUGUGUGCAUCACCGGAUGGAUCUAACCAUUUCAGGACUGAAACCAGAUUUGUUGAAAGCCCUUGAAAUACGCUCAGUAAUUCACAUGUUAAAACUUGGAUUCUGCUCAGCCCAGAUGAGAUGGCCCUUAAAAAAAAGCCUUAUUGAAAAGUGUUCAAUGUGCUUUUCAGAGUGACUGAGCGAAUUUUAUGCACAUACUAUGCCUGUAUAUCUGAUGUUACUAUCUUCCAAAAUGAAAGGCGCGGCGAUCCACAAAAUGCCUGCGUAUUUAGUAGUGAUUCCUACAAACUAAUUGGAAAUCACAAAGGAUACAUAAUAAUCAGAAAAACUUUUUUUUCAAGCACUGCUGGAAACACCACAUUGCCCUUUAGAAUUUAUUUGAAUUUUCUUUUCCUGAAGUUCUGCUGAUGUUUCAAAAAUACUUUAUUAUAUAAAUAUCUGAAAAUUUGCCUGUAGAAACUAAACCUAUAGUUUAGUUUUAAAACAUAAUCCUGUUUGUAUUAGAGUUCAGUGAUUUUUUUGUGAUGGAAACUUUUUCAUAUGGAAUGACUAAAAAGGCUUUUUAUUUGGUUCAUUUCAAAAUUACAAUUGCUGAUGGACAAUUUGUAUUGCAAUGAGAACAAGACAAUGAAGGAAAUGUAUCUCUGUGAAUACACUUAUAUACACAUAAAAUUGACUUUUAAAUUUAAAACAUAUGGAAAACAAAACAUGGAGCAGCCUUUAGAUUUGGCCAAGUGAGACAUUUAAGUAAAAAUUAAAUGAAAUCAUGCCUUAAGAGAAAGAACAUUUUGUUUCUAAAUUAGACUAUCAUCGAGUGGGAACAAUCAAUAUCAAGAGAGAACAGUAUCUUUUUCAAACAGUAAUUCCUAAUCAUCUUGGGAAGACUUGAAAUUUUAAACAGUGGAAAUGCCAAAUAUAACAGAGUAUGUGUGCAUCAGAGAAGUAAGGAAGGAUUGGACUCUCUUACAGUGGGAUUUUUUUUCUGGCUAUGUAAUCUGUUUUGUAAUUUUUUUAAAACUGGAAAACAUUUUUUUGUGAGUGUGAAUAAGAGUGAAAAGUAGAGCCAUAUGGUGACAUUUUUCUUUAUUUUGCAAAAUGCUUUUAAAACCAAAGGCUGCUCUGGUUGAAAUAUGGACUAUAUCAAUCUUGAUAUAAAUUGUAGGACAUUUUUCAUGUAACAUAGCAUUUGGGAAUUGGGUUUAUUUAGUGUAAUGAAGAUAAUUUGAUAUAAAAAUAUUUUGUGCAUAUUUUACUUUGUUUUCUAAUUUGCAUUUUGCAGUAACAAUAUGUGCAAAGCCAGAUAUGUAAGUUAUGACUGUAUGAUCAGAGGAGGUAUGAGUUCUUUUGGUUUACAAUUUUAAGUAGCUAGAGAUCCAGGAGGAAAACUUUGGAAUCAUUAGAAAACAAAUUUUACCAAAAUGUGAGCAUGCCAGUGAAAACUAGGACAAAUA